CAAUAAAAAACGCCUUCUGCUCCACUGAGUUUGUCCACCACCUGAACAGAGUCGUCUCCUGAAGGUUUCUUCCUCACUGGUUUGUCCACACAGCUUUAAUGUCCCCCUUUGACACCAUUCCUCUUCUAGAGAUCUUCCUGGGCAUCCUGGGCUUCGGACUCUCCAUCAUGUUCUGCACCACCUUCUGCAGGGCAUGCAGUCGCCUGCGGCAGGAGGAGAUUGAGAGAGAGGUAUGGAGGCGCAGCGAGCAGGACGGGCGCCCGCCACCUAUUUACUUCAUCCCCAUCCCUGGAAGCAUGUCACAGACAGACGUUGAAGACGCCAGGGUGUCUCGAUUCAGCCAGGAGCUCCACACACCUCCACAGUACAGCACUGCUUAUUGUGGGGCCCCGCCUUCCUAUAAUGAGCUGGGAUUGAAACCUGACGACCUUCCUCCUGCUUACACAGAACAUAACUUCCCUGUGCAUCCAAACCCAACCCAGUCACACACAGACGUGGAACACGAUGGAGUUACACACAGCCUUGAUCAUGGUCGCGCUGAAUCGUAAAGCUCAUGUGGACUUUAUGGUAUUUUAUUUUUGUUGGUAAAACAUGCAAUGAUGGCACAGAGAUAAUGCUGAAGCAGCAACAAAA